AUGAUGGAUGAGGAACAACAUUUUGGAAAUCAUUCAUCAACCAGCAUUACGGAACAAAAACAACAGCCUUCAUCUGUAAAUAUAAUUAAUAGAUAUUAUGAAGAAGGAAAUAUUCAAUCGGAGGAUAAUGAUCAAAAGAAGCAAUCACAAGAGAUGGAUGAAUUGAAUGUAGACGAUAAUCAAAUGAUUGAAAAAGAAUUUUCAAAAAAUUUAUUUGAUAAUGAGAUGGGAGGGGAGGAGGAUAUCAUUUCACAAUCUCAACAAUUAAUGAAAUCGAUAAAAAGUGGGCAAUACCGACCAAACGAAGUUAAAACAUCAGAACCACUCACAAGUAAUUCAAUGACAGCAUUGGAAUCUGGGACAGAAACAACAAAACAAGUUGGAUUUGACAGAUUUAGUGUCGAGUCAACAAAAAGAGAUGUACCAAAGAAAAGUAAAACGGAGCAGAAAAAGAGUCCAGACAAAUCAACCAAAGAUGCCAAUCAGACACAAACAUUUAUUGACACCAUAUUUUCGCCUUUUUAUUGGAUAAUUGGAAGUAAUCAAAAUAAUUCCAAGAAGGAAAAACAACAAAAUGCAACUGGUACAGAAGAUAAAUCAAAAACACAGGAAUCAAAAGAGACAGCACACAGUACGUCUAACGAAAAGUCCACAGCUGUCACUUCAUCUAAAAAACCAGAAAGUACGAGCGAUACCUCCUCGUCCAUUCUUUCAACAAUAUUCUCCUCAAGCUUAUUUUCAUCCUCCAGCAAUAAGAAACAUGACGAAAAUCCAGAACCCAAAAAAGACGAGCCUAAAAAAGAAUCAAAACGAAGAACAACCGGUUCACCAUUAAAAUGGAUCGAAAGAUUUGGAGCUGAUGCUGGAAAAGCUGCUUCCAAUGCAUUAAAAGAUCCUCUGGAACGGUUAGCCUCUAGCCCUGUACUUGCCACUGGAGAAGUCAUUGUGGUUCAUUCACUCGAUUUUGACAAUAUUGAUUUUAGAAGAAUUUUCAAAUAUUUCCUUUUCAUGGUUUUCACUUGGAGGUUUAGCAACACAUUCUUUGGAACCUUAUUGCCAGCCCUUGUGGGAAUUCGAAGAAGACGAAUAGAACAACAAACUGGUCAAACGUUUGUUCCAAUUCAACACAUCACUACAGUUCCUUCCAAAACGAAAGGAGCACCUUCUAUUACCUUCAUACCUCCUCAGAACUAUCAACAGUAG